AUGGGAAGGUUCUUUUACCUGAUGAAUUCAUUCAUUUUUUCCUCUUUUUAUUUCCUGUUUAUGUUCAUCCCAUUCAUUCUACAAUUGGGUUUAUCAGAAUUUGAUCACAAUUUGCUACUUUCUAAAUUUAUCAUACAUCCCCUUUCAAAUUGUUUUCCCUCCCCUUCUACGAUCGGACCCGAAGUGAUCGUGUUUCUAGGGAUUGAAACGAAAGAAAUCGAGCUCGAUCAAUGUUAUUAUAAGAAUACAGAUCAAAAGAGAUUUAGAAAGAGGCGUCGGAAACUGAUGGGAAAGUGGUGGUUUGAACAUUUGAUGACGAAAGCCUCAAGAGAUCCGGCCGGACGUAGCAGAACGAACGCCGCAGCCCUUCAUCCAGGGGAUUCGAUAGCAAAACGGAAAUAUCCGACCGCCGAUUCCGAAAUCGUAGAGGGGAAGAGUUUCAGGUGGGAGAUGCGUGGAGGAGGCGAUGAUCGGCAUCAGAACGCAGCUGCUGGAUGUAAGCAAUUAGCAAAUUCUAUAUUAAUGGAAAACGACAGCCAUUGUUGUCCUCGCACGCCCCGUUGCUUCCUUAAUCAUCGUAAUAAAUUUAUGCGAUUUGGACCGACAUGGGGCUGGACUUUGGUUGGGCACUCUCAGACACCAACACCACGUCGUAAGUGA